CCUCAAAGUGAAAAUGAUUUGUAAUGCAAAAAAACGACUCCAGUUGGAGCACCAUUUGUAGUCGGCGCAUGACAAAUUUCCCGGGCACUCAAAACGUGUCUGUCAUGCUAGUUAGGCAAAGGGAUGCCCUCCUCUCAUGCUAAUCAGGAGCCCAAUUCUGAACCCGUAGAAGCGCAAUAGUCGGCCUCCGUUGCGUUCUCUGCAAUGCAGUCUUUUUGGUGUCGCAUUUCAUGCAUCACAAAUUAUUUCCACUUUAAGGAUUUCCAUUCUGAGGGUGUCAUAACACAUUCUUCUACUCUAGGUCAACCGCUCCUCCAGGAUAAAUUGGUUCGACGGCUCCUGAAAUAUGUUAAGAUCCUUAAACAAGAUGACACACCAUCAACGACAUGGACGAGCAGUAGCUGAUGAUUUAUUGUCCAUUUGAUUUCAAUCUCAAUCUCAAUUGAUGUCAUCACGACGACCACAGGCCUGAAGCUACUUGAUAGAAACGGUCUUGACGACGUAGUUGAGGAUUAUAUAUAUAGUGGCAUUAGUCUAUUUCUACUUCUAGUUCUACACAAUUGCUAUUAGUACACGACACGGUGAAGAGGACUACUUACUUUUGCUCUACUAGUGUUCACCGAGCCGUGCUGUCACUUUUUCCUUGAGCAGCAAGAAGUACUAGAAUUGAUAAGAAUGAAGCGUUCCCGACAGAAUGCGGGUCACGACGAGGACCAGGUCUCCUUCGUGAACAACGACACAGCUCCGGCCCAAAACGACGUCGACAUGAUCGAUGUAAAUUUCGAGUUAUGCUGUGCAAAAGUAUCGUACUCGUAUAAAUGCAGGUCUUGCAUUACAAAUUUCUUUGUCAAGGCAAAUCAGCAUUACAAAUUUUAUUUCUCAUGCUGAGGAAAUUUGUAAUGCAUUUAUACAAGUAUCGGAUACUUUUGCAGUUCAUACGAGUUCUACGAACCCUUCGAAACCGACUUCCACGGGGUCCGGCUAUGCAUUGCAAAAGUAUCGUACUCGUAUAAAUGCAUUACAAAUUUCCUCAGCAUGAGAGAUAAAAUUUGUAAUGCAGAUUGAGCUUAAGAAAGGGAUUUGUAAUGCAUGAUUGCAAUACGAGUACGAUACUUUUGCACAGGAUACCGGCAGCUUCUGAACAAAUCCUUCGAGUUAUUACAAUGAAAAAUGCCCCCUCCCCAUAUCAAAAAGAAAAUCUGUGAUGCAGAUUUGUGGUUACAAAUCAGCUUGGUGUUGCUAGAAGGCAAAAGAUGCGGACUGAAGUGCUGCCUAGCGUGGGAAGGCCGUGCUGCUCCAGCAGGACAGGAGGCAACUGGAAGUGGGAAACAGCAUGACAGAUUGCCUGCAAUUCAGCCCGCAGCUGCGUCUACUCUUGCUGGCUUUCUAGCAAUACAAGUCGAGUUGUGUACUCAAAUACAGCAUCACAAAUUGCGUUUCCGAUAUGGGGUGGAGGCUUUUUUCCCUAGGAUACGAGUGGUGCAAGACGGAUCCCAUUUUCGAUUUGACGGAAGUGACGGACGUGUGCUUAUCAACUGUAAAAAUGUCUAGGUCUGGAAGAUUGCCAGGUCUGUCAUGCAUAUUUUGAAUGACCCAUGAUGUCUGUGAUGCAUGCCCUAGCAUCACAGAUUUUUAGAGGACCUUUUGAUGCCUCUACCGGAUGAGAAACGCCCACUCCGCGUAGCACAAACUGAACUCCUCUUGCUGGUCAUGCAAUACAGAUUUUUUUACCUUCCAAAGACAGCAUCACAAGUUGCAACCUUCCAGACCCAGACAUUUUUGCAUUCGAUAAUGCUGCAACCAGGGCAACAUCGGAACGGUGUUGAAGACUACGGAUCAACUAUCAAACGAAAAAAGUUCGUCACGAUCACGCGUGCGCACUUUUGCAAUACAAAAUUUUCUGGCAUGCGUAAAAAUGCAUCACAGGCAAACUUCAUAAGGGAUUUCCCUAGACGAGUUUCUGCAAAGGACGGAAAAGCUCAAGCUGUGAUGCUAAAAGAAUUUGUAGUGCAAGUUCGUGACUGCGGCAAACUUUUUUCUCUCCAUAUCAACAGGCGGGCGCUGGCGAACAACAGAUACAAGGUGGCGGCAAAACUGCUUCUGGCGAGCAAAACAACAAUCUUUCCUCUUCCGCCGGCGCGGCCGCGGCUGGCGCGGCCGGGGGCAGGGGAGCAACGACCACGACGCCACAGGAAACGGGUUUAUUCGGCAUCACGACUGCAGUGAAUCUGAAGCAGUACAAGUCCUCAUUCACCUAUCAAACAAGAAAAAGUUCGUCGCGAUCACUCGCCAUUUUUUGCAAUAUUACAAACAGGAAAAGCGCUGUCAUGCGGAAAAAUGCAUCUUCACAGUGAAAUGACUUCGUGACGGAUUUCAUCUCUUGCGUUUGUGCAAAAAUACAAGAAAAAUAACGACUUGUGAAGUAGAUGCCAGAAAAAAAUUUCUCAUGCAAAACCUGCAGUUCAGUGAUCGUAUGACGAACUUUUCUCACUCCAUAUCACCUCCAGUUUUCCCAGUAUGAAGCGGUUCAUGAAGAGCCACCUCGUGGCGAAGGGAGAAGAGGUAUGCAUUGCAAGCAUGUCUGGGUCUGGAAGAUGAAUGCAAGUUUGUCAUGCUUGUCCCGCAUGUUGCCUUUUAAUAAAUCGGUAAUGCAGGAGCAGGAAAAAAAACCUAUCGGUAUUGCCUGUCAUGCAAAAAUGCAGUUUGCUAUACGGACGAAAGCGAAACUACUCCUAAAUAAAAGCUCCAAAACUUGACAUGCCCAUGCGUAGAUGCGUAGUGCAGGAGCGUGCCCUCCGCUCACAAACUAAGUCGCAUCACUUUUUUCCAGAGGACCCACACAUAUUUGCAGUGGAUAGGAGAUGGUGCUGCGAGAGCCGCAAGAGAGUACUACCAGCGAGCGGACUGUCAAAGUUGAAGACCUGUUUGAGAAAUUCAACACUGGAUUAUCCUUUGCAAAAGUAUCGUACUCGUAGUAAAAAUUGCAGCCAUGCAUUACAAAUCUUUUUAUCAAGGCAAAGCCGCAUUACAAAUUCGAUUUCUCAUGCUAAGGAAAUUUGUAUUGCAAUUUAUACAACAAGUAUCGGAUACUUUUGCACAGGACAUGGAUUUUUGAUCAACGAAAGGCUAAUCAACCUCCCGGAGGAAGUCGCCCCGCCGCUACACUCGGUACUGAUUACAACAACUGUUGUUUGUGAUGCAUGAUAAGCUAGAUCUGUGAUGCUGCUGAACUACCUAAACAGGAUUUUUACACUACGCGGGCAAACUUGUCAUGCGAAACAACCAAAACUGGCUGAUUUGUCUAGCAGAUGUCCCAUCAUGACGAUAUUAUUACUAACAUCAGCACCUGGAGACCGCCAUCCAUUGGUCGCAGACGACGCCGGAGUGCCCGGAAGACGAGCGGCCCUUUUUAUGCAUUGCAAAAGUAUCGUACAACUCGUAGUAAAAUCGCAAUUCUGCAUGACAAAUCCCUUUCUCAAGGUAAAUCAGCAUGAGAAAUUCCGUUUGUAAUGCUGAGCGAAUUUGUAAUGCGAUUACUACUAGUUCUAGUACGAUGCUUUUGCAUUUGAUACUUUUACUUUUUCGACUAUUUUCUCGGCAUCGCCAAGGCGUUCAAGGAUUCCUACGGCACGGUUUAUCCUGAUUAAAAAAGUCCCCACACCAGAGUCAAGAUGGGGAUUUUGCAACACAAACCUAGGAGUUUUAGGAGUCACGCAUGACAAGUCUCAGUCCGUAAGGUAGUGCAAGUUAGCAAGGAAAGCCGCAUCACAAAUCGACCUUCUGAUCCGGUUUACAGCAUCACAAAUUCCAAAACACGAUUGGAAAUGGCUCUCAUGGUGAUGCGCAUUACAAGUCUUCCUGUCUUUGCAAAUCUGCAUUACAACUCUGGUGUGGGUACGUUUUUACCCAGGAUACAGUUUAUCCAAACUUCGAAGAGGAAGAGUAUGUCAAAAACAGCUGCUUCCACAAGGAAAUCGCCAUUGGGCAGCUGGUGAUAUCAAAUGCAAAAGUGUCUGGGUCUGGAAACUUGUGAUGCUGGGUGGCGUCUCAUGAUGAGGCCACAAAUGCUGGCUCAGCAUGACAAGUUUCUGAGCUUCUAGGUGUUGCCUAUUCUGCAUGACAAACUGCGUUCCUGCAUCACAGAAAAAUGGAGCUCUUGUGUAACGUGCAUGACAGAUUUCAGAGUCAUGCCAGACAAGCAUGACAAACAUGCAUUCUUCCAGACCCAGACAUUUUUGCACAGGAUAGGUGAUGCAGCAAAACAAUUCAUCUUCUCGGGGGACAUCUUAUGCACUGCAAAAGUAUCUUAAUCGUAUAAAUGCUAAAAUGCAUUACAAAUUUCCUCAGCAUGUUGAUGAGAAAUGAAAUUUGUAAUGCUGAUUUACCUUUAAGAAAAAGAUUUGCAAUGCAGGAUCGCACAAAUUAUACGAGUGCGAUGUUUUUGCAGUGCAUACAACUGCGGGCCCCGACGCGACAACCGUGAAGGAGAACGAGUACCGGGUGGUGUAUUUGGUCAGCAACAAGACGUUUAUGGAGAAAAUUAUGCCCCUUUUUCGGGAAGAGAAAUGA